AUGUUGGCCUCCAAACUCUCGACGGCGCUAGUUCUUUUGGCUUCCUCGUUCUUGCCUGCUCUAGGACAGGUUGGGCCCGGAAUCGUAACAGGAGAUGUGGCAGCACACGAUCCGACAUUGUGCAAAGACAGGAACGGGAAGUACUUCCUCUUCUCUACUGCUCCAGGCAUCGACAUCCGAACCUCCACCGACAGAACCCACUGGACUCGAGUGGGAAGCGUGUUCCCCAACGGCGCACCCUGGACGGAUACGUAUACUGGGACUAGGAAUGGGAAUUUGUGGGCGCCGGAAUGCUACUAUAACGGGAACGAAUUCUUGCUUUAUUACUCCGCUUCGAGCUUUGGUUCGCAAAGGUCUGCAAUCUUCCUUGCAAAGUCCACUACCGGAGAACCAGGCACAUGGCAAGAUUUGGGAAUGGUGACGUCCAGUUCCACGGCUAAUGACUAUAACGCAAUCGACCCCAAUCUCUUCAUCGAGAAUGGCAACUGGUACCUCAGCAUCGGAAGUUUUUGGUCGGGCAUAAAACUCUUACGAAUCAAUCCAUCUACAGGCAAGCCUCUCAGCAACACCGUCACCUCCCUCGCACGACGCACCACUGCCGGAGGGGCAGUCGAAGCCAGCACGAUCUACAAGUACGGAAACUACUACUAUCUCUUCACAUCUUGGGACAAAUGUUGCUCGGGUACUUCGAGCACGUAUAACAUCCGAGUCGGGCGCUCGACGAGACCUGAUGGAGGGUAUGUGGAUCGAAAUAACGUCCCCUUGACCAAUGGCGGAGGAACCCUUGUUUUGGCUUCCCAUGGUCGGGUCAUUGGACCGGGUGGUCAGGAUGUUUACACUGACGGUGAUGGGCCCAUCAUCGUGUACCAUUAUUACACUCCUUCUGGACACGCCUUGGGAAUCAACAGGCUGGACUUCUCCAGCGGAUGGCCGGUUAUUGUGUAA